AUGGGAACGAGACUGGGGCUUCCUCUUCUCACUCUGCUGGUAUUCGGGUGUGUCUACUGUGACGCUAGAAAACUGGAAGCGUCUGGCGUUGCAGGUAACAUUUCGUAUCAAUUCACAGUGUUCGCCGUUUCACAAUCUCCACUGACUUGGAAGUCUUCUGCUGGAGCGGAAACUCUCUCCUGAUGAUCACUUCUCUUCUCCUCUCUUCCCUUCUGAUGAUUCCAUUGCAUUAUAUUGUUAUCUGCUCGCUAAGAUUUCAUGAGCAGUUCUCAGUUGGAGAUGAAAAAAAGAAAAGAAAAACAUGACGAUGAUCUCUUCCCUUAUAUCCUAUUACCAGUCACAGAGGCCAUCGAUGGACUGGAAGCAGAAAACCUUGAAGAAUAUGAAAUGAACCGAAGGUUCUGUGGUCUAUGUGAGCAGUUCGCCGGUCAAGCUGUGGAAUAUAUGAAGGAGAAUAAAACCCAGGUGGAGGUAAUCGACAUCUUCCACAAGGUCUGCUUCCGGCUACAUUCCUUCCAGCAGCAGGUACUCCUUGGGCUCGGAGGAAGAAGACGAAUGAUUCCUGGAUAAUUUCCCCAAGCCUACAAUCUUCAUUUGCCAAUCUGUAAUCACCGUUCCUGCAGUGCUCGAUCCUAGUGGACUACUACGCACCUCUCUUCUUCGUCGAAGUGUCUUCAAUGAGCCCACAUGAUUUCUGUACGAAGAUGAAUUUCUGCAAGCACAUACCAUCACCGCCUCCGGGAUCCUCUCCUCCGGCAGCAGAACUGUCGCCACCACCGUCAUCAGCCCCAUCACCGUCCUCACUCAAGGAUCCAAUGAACGGCGAACACAUAUGUGAAAUCUGCCAUAACACCGUCUUCAGAGUACUGAACAGGCUCAAAGACCCAGGAACAGAGGUGAUCAUCUCCAUCUCCACUGCAUUCCUGCUGCCUCAUCUGAUAGCUGUCUGCUUACAAAAUUCUUUUCUUUCUAUAUUUCUAAUCGUUUCAGCUGAGGAUCGUCGAAAGGUUGGUUAAAGGAUGCGUCGUCGUGGAUCAUUUUGCAGACAAGGUGAUCUUCGCAGUAUCUAUUUUUGCAACCACAAGUCAUCGGUCAUCCAGAUCUGCUAGGCUCUAAAGAUCUCUCUCUUCUUCUGUGCAGUGCCAGACCUUGAUCUUUCAAUAUGGUCCCGUCAUCUUAGUUAAUGCCGUGAGGCUGCUUGAGCGUGCGGAUCUCUGCGUUACCUUGCGUGCGUGCCCGAAUGGCAAGAACGAGACGGCUGUGGCCUACUCGUCGUCUUCUGUUCCUCUUCUUCCAUUGUUCGAAGACAUGUAG